GGAGUCCAUGUUGGACACGUCCGGCAAUGCCGACGUGGCCGUCGGCACCUCGCGUGAUAUCCACGACCUCGAGGUCCUGGGAUAUAAGGCUGAGAUGCAGCGGAACCGCACCAUGUUUACACUUCUUUUCCAGUCUCUAGCUAUCGCUGCCAUACCCUAUGGCUUUGGCUCACCCCUCAUCACGGCCAUUUACGGAGGAGGCCAGCUUCCCAUGUUUGUUGGAUGGGUUGUUGUAUGCGUAUUGGCCGAGUGCGUCGCCCUCUCUCUAGCAGAGCUUGCGUCCCGGUAUCCCACAUCAGCCGGGCCGUACUACUGGGCGUACCAACUAGCAAAUCCCAAGACACGAACCGCCUUUUCCUUCCUCACCGGCUGGGUAUGGCUGAUCGGAAACUGGACCAUUACUCUCUCCGUCAACUUCGGAAUGGCCUCAUUGAUUGCCGCCACAGUGGCACUGUACCACCCGGAGUUUACCAUGACAUCGUGGCAGUUGUUGCUGAUAUUCUACGCCAUGUGCGUGUUGACAUUUUUCAUCGUCGCGUAUGGCAACUCGGUCCUACCAGUUGUGGACACGCUUUGCGCCGCAUUCACUCUUUUGGCCAUCAUUGCCACGAUGAUCAGCAUGUCAGUCAAGGCGGAUGUUGGUCGCCACUCAGCCAAGGAUACACUGGGCUUCUACGACACGACCUUGUCCGGAUGGGGCAGCUUUUCAUUCUUCAUUGGCAUCUUGCCCGGUGCCUACACAUUCUCUGCCAUUGGCAUGAUCUCGUCCAUGGCCGAAGAAUGCGGUGACGCAACCGUACGACUGCCAAAAGCACUAUCCCUCUGCGUCCCCAUCGGCGGCCUGGCCGGCCUAUUCUUUAUUAUUCCGAUGUGCGCUACCCUUCCCGACUUGACCGAGAUCAUCGAGAACUCGCCCGUGAGCCAAGCUUUGCCAUACAUCUACGGACAAGUCAUGGGCACACCCGGAGGCGGUCUAGCUCUUACAUUCCUGGUCAUCGUCAUCACCGUAUUCUGUUCCAUCUCCAUCACAGUCGCAGCUUCGCGAUGCACGUGGGCUUUCGCCCGCGAUCAGGCAAUCCCAUGGUCGAGCCUUUGGUCCAGAAUCGACGAGCGUCACGGCGUGCCCAUUUGGGCGUUAACCCUCACGACCAUUGUCCAGAUGCUUCUUGGACUUAUCAACCUCGGCUCGUCGUCCGCCUUCCUCGCGUUCGUCUCUGUGGGUGUCAUGGCGCUGGCUGCCUCAUACGGUAUCCCAAUCGCCCUCUCGGUCUACUACAGUCGCCGCGAGGUCGCUAGUGCUCGGUGGAAAAUGCCAAACGGACUAGGCUGGGUCGUGAAUUUUAUCGCACUCGCCUGGAUUGUGUUUGAGAUCAUUCUCUUCAGUAUGCCAUCGGUGCUGCCGGUCACCGCCGUUGGUAUGAACUACGCCAGUGUCGUUCUGGUUGGGUUUCUCUUCUUGAGCGGUGUAUGGUACGUGAUACACGCGAGAAAAGUGUUCAAAGGGCCGCCAGAAUCUGCCGGACUGCAAGUAGAUGAUUCGGCUUGAGUUCAACAAUCCUUAGUUAUGUUGUUCAACCAGAGACACCGGGCAUUUGUUUCAAUAUAGCCUGGCCGCUGAGAUCAAUAGGUCACAACGAUCAGCUGGGGCAGGGAUUUCAGCUCGUAGCAAGUCGGCUGCCUCUAAUUUAUAGAUAAUAG